GAAGUAAAACCAAAUUUGAUUGAGGAAAAGAACCCUGAAUUGACUUUUCAACAAUCUGAGAUGCAAGAUGGUGAUAUAAUUUGCUUCCAAAAAGCUUUAACAGAACAAGAAGUACAAGAACAUACUAAUGCAGGUCGUAUUUAUGAUAUUCCUACAUUCUAUGAGUUAUUAGCCAUGCGUGUCGUUGUCCAAUUUAAGCCAAAACAUGAAGAUCAUAAACAAAAACCUGAAUUUGAGUUAAUUUUAAAUAAAAAUUAUACAUAUGAUGAA